GCGACCUCGGCCAAAACACAGGCGGCCUCGAGCCCCCGCAAGACACGACGGUAUAUAUCACCGAGACGUCCUAUGUGACGUUUGUGCCGACUGAGACUGCGACCGCGGCGGUGGGGGCCAGGGCGGCGGCGACACCGCUUGGGAGGUGGCAGGAUAUGGCGUGGAGUCCAGAGUAUUAUGGUGUCAGGAAGUGAACUGAGGAAGGUAGGGGGUGAGGGGGGUAGAGUAGAGCAGUGUAGGAGAUGCAUAUAUUGAAGUUGUGGUGAGAUCGAGACCAGUGGAGUGGUAAUGUGACGCCGAGUCCAGCGCGUGAUGUGACGUGACGGCGCUGCGAUGCUACCUUGGCUGUGUCUUCAUAUACGCGCGUGUGGUCACACGCACACGUGCACGAUUGGCUCAGAGCUGGAGGCUGACCGUGUGCUCGUUGGCAGUGAGUUCUUCACUGUGCACUUCCCGUCGCACGGUUCGUCAGUCACGUCUCGCACCCUCACCUCACUGACCUCGUACUCAUUCACCCACCAACCCCAUUCGGUCCGAAGCUCACCAUCCGCAGAGACACCGAAGACCCCACCUCCUGCAGUACUCGGGAUUCUCCGUCGAAGAUCUCGCUCACCCCCCUCAACAGCCUCGCCCAUCACAAGUAGCUCUCCGUCCCAACCAGAGCCGUCUCAAGAUCGUCCUCAUAACCUCCCGCUCCGUGCAUAUCAGGGUCUCAUCCGUCGCAGAUUAGCCAUAGCGCCAUUGAACCCCUCACGGUACACUACCGCACACCACGUAAGCGGUGAGCCUCUCCUCCGCGGCCAACCACCAAGCGCCGGAGCGCCUCCUCGCAAACACUGCGCUGCUAGGCUGUUUGGGGAGUCCCUCCCGCUCCGCCAGGUUCACUGCUACAGUGGAGACUGUCGCCGGGAUCGCCAUGGGAGAGUUUUGGUGAAAAAUGAGGUGCAGUCUAGGGUGAGGACUAUGUGGAGGGGAUAUGCGCUCCGGACUGGUGUGGAGGAGACUGGUGAACGCUCCACAGAAUAAGCGCUGGGUGUCUGCAGGCGCGGUGCUCGUGCCAUCUCCGCGGUCUGGGGGGAUGUGUCACCAGAAAAGGUCGGAUAUGGUGAUGAGGAGGAAG